CGGGCCGCUGAGCUGCGAGCGAUUGAAACUGCCGCCCCGGAUUGCAAAGGACGCGUCGAAGAAUUGCGCAUGCUGGAUGAAGGAGUGCUGCAAGGCCCGUUCGGGAGCUGGCACGCCAACUCUUUGUUCGCUGUCCUGCUCCGCACAGAGCAGCAAUUGCAGAACGACGGGAUCAGCCUCAGCCGGAUCCAGAGGGUGCUGAAAGGCCCUGCUGGGCACGGCUCAGCCAGCUUCCAGUCUGUUGCAGUCGAUCUGAUCAGUCGACAUUGCGGACCCGGCCAUCUACAUCGCACUGCUCGCAAGCUUGCCCGGUGGAAUUUUGCAGGUGACGAGGCGGCAUUGGUGGCGCGUGUCCUGGAGGUUUUCGAAAUUCUGCGUAGGUGGUGCCCGCCCAGGGUGGCGUCAGCAUACCUCCGCACGUUGUUCAACGGCUGGGUCGCCCGGCGUCGCAUGAGGCACGCAGAGAAAAGCGGCGUCGACAAGCCGUGCCAGUGCUUACUCGGCUGCGAGAGCGGCGACGACAGCAUCGAGCACUACAGUGUAUGUCCGGCUGUGUGGGGCCAUUUGCGGCGCGACAGACCUGGUGGGCUGGGCGUGAAAAUGCCGCCGGCCAUGCUUUCAUUUUUCCUCCUGGACCCGGGAACUUCCGAAGAAGAUGUGGUGCGAUUGGCUCCAUUCAAUUACGGCGUGUACCGCGCCGCCAAUUACUUCCGGUUUGAGACGACGGACACGGGAGUGUCGACACGGACAUUGCUUCCACGUUGGGUCGAGAGGGGUGCGGAGAAGUCGCGGGCCAGACGGCUCCUGUAUGACGUUCGCUGACUCUAUCUAUGGCGCUGUCGCUUCCACUCAUGGCCCCGCGCGGGGUGGCGGAG